AAUGGCUUUACUUUCAUAGAAUGAUAUAGAACUAAUCUUAUGGCCUACAUGAAAUUGUUAAUAUUGCUACCACAAUAAAACCCCUAAGUUUGGUUUCUCUUUCUAUCUCCUACCUAGCAGUUACUCUCUCUUCUCCUAAUUUGCGCAUAUCCUACCCCCAAAAGGAUAUUCCUGAAUACGCAUUUCCCUUUGAUCUACCUAGAUACUCAACAUUCACAGCAAUAAAAUAAUGAACGUACAGCUAUACAUUUAUGAUCUUUCGAAAGGCCUAGCGCGCAACUUAUCGGGAGCCCUCUUAGGAGUCCAAAUUGACGCUAUCUAUCAUACUUCAGUCGUCUUCGAGGGUAUUGAAUAUACCUACGAUGGAGGCGUCAAGACUGUUAGGCCUGGGUCAACCCAUCUAGGCAAACCAUUGCAGGUCCUGGAGUUAGGGAAAACAGAUUUGCCUAUGGAUGUGAUUCUAGAAUAUCUCGACUCUUUGAAAGCAAUCUACACCUUUGAGGUAAAUUAUCCUCUGGUAUUACUCCUCAGCCAUGAGCUAAUUCAAAUGUAGGCGUAUGAUCUCUGGAAACACAACUGCAAUAAUUUCUCGAACGAUUUUGCCACCUUUCUGGUUGGCAAGGGAAUCCCCGAGUAUAUUACGAAUCUCCCAGAAACUGUACUCAACACUCCCUUUGGCAGAAUGGUACAACCACACUUCAAUGACUACGUCACCUUGAAUAGUAUGAAUAAUGGCGGACUUUUGGGUAUACAAAGCUCGGAGGAUCCACAGCAGCAAGCAUCGAUGUCCCAGGUUCGACAUGUGACCACAUCUACCGAGUUGGAUAAUCUUUUGAAAUCAGCCAAGAAGAAAUGCGCAGUCAUAUUCUUUACCUCUCGUAAUUGCGCUCCUUGCAAGACUUUAUACCCUGUAUUUGAGCAACUUGCAAAGGAUGCAGGACGCAAAGCCAUCCUCAUAAUAGUUGAUAUCUCCCGGUCAUAUGAGAUUGCCACGAAAUACGGUGUUACUACUACGCCCUCCUUUGCGACUUACUUACAAGGCGAGGAGGAGAAACGUUGGGCGGGAGGAGAUAUAGCGACCCUUCGAGCAAACGUAGGGCUCCUUGUACAAAUGGCAUUCCCACCUCAUGCACACGAGUCUUUACGUUUACCAGCACUUCGAGCCCCGGAUAUGCUGCCAGUUAUCUAUACGAAAGUCCCACCACUUGAAAAACUCAAAGCGAAGAUGGGACCUGCUGCUGAUGUCCCAGCAGUCAAAGGAGUUCUUCACUUUGUCUCGGAGGGCCAAUCAAAACCUGCAGCAGAGACACAUCUGCCAGAUCUAGAUGCUUUUAGUUGGUUCCUCCGGGAAGCUCCCUCCAAAUUACCCACUGAAAUUAUGUUUACAAUCGUUGACCUUCUUCGAUGUGCUCUUGUGGAUCCCAGACUUAGUGGUUACUAUGCUGAGGAGAGCAACCACAAAACUAUUGCUCCUCUAUUUACAUAUGUUGAUAGUCUAAAGGACUGCCCUUACUCACUUCGUUUAGUCGCACUUCAAGCAGGUUGCAAUCUCUUCACAAGUCCACUAUACCCUCAGCAUAUCCUCGGUUGUCCGACUCUUACCAACCCGCUUGUUCAACUAAUCACUACCUCUCUACUUGACGAUGCGCAUCAUAAUGUUCGUGUCGCAGCCGCAAGUCUUGCAUUCAAUAUGGCAUUUGCAAACUCCAGUCUUCGUAUAGAAGAUCAUAAAGAAGUAUUACCAGAAAGCGAGCAAAUAGAACUUGCAGCGUCAUUAUUAGAAGCUAUACAAGAAGAAAAAGAGUCCCCGGAAGCUUUAAAGGGAUAUCUGUUGGCGUUUGGUCAUUUGGUGUUUGGAAGUCCGAAAGCUGGAGAGUUGGUGGAUUUACUGAAAAGUAUGGAUGCUCAGAAAACUAUAAUGGACAAGGCCAAGGCAUUUCCAAAAGAAACUUUAAUUAAAGAGAUAGGGCAGGAGUUACUGGCAAAGGGAUUGGAAUAGGUGUACUUGGUUGGCGUUAAUUGUUGAUAAAUUGAAUAUAUUCCACUCUUCCUGGACCAGAUGAGAUAUCCAUGUGUUUAUCAUCAAUAUUUUGACAUCCACAACCGAAUGAACGGCCAGUUUAAAUAUC